AUGGCCGAUUCGUCCGAAUGGGAACCGCUUAUGCAGAAGAUUACUGCAAAACUAAGUAGUACAUUGACUCAAUUGCACGAAAUAUGGAAAGAAAUAGGAUAUAAUCACGAAGUACGUUCGAUAUAUUCCAAGCAAGUAUUUGAUCAUAUAGAAGAUUUAUUAGGCGAUAUGGUUUCAGAGUCGAAACUGAAAAAAGAAACGAUAUUAGUCAAUGUUAAAGAUUUGAUGGACCAAAUAGGUGUUCUAACGAAAGAAUUAGGAACAAAUAUUACAAAUGCUGGAUAUGAAAAUCUAUCAUUAAAGGAAGUAGAAGAGGCGCUGCGCGCUGACCUACAAAAUUUACAAUAUUGCAAAACACAACGUGUGACUCAUUUAAAAAAAUUGCUUGCAAAGGAAAAAACCCUUUGUAAGGUAUUAGGCACUCAGCCAAUUAAUAUAGAAGAAAAAUUGCCUUCGGAUGAAGAACUUAAGAGUUUUGAGCUCUACCUUGAAAAACAAGAAGGUGAGAAAUGUCGUUUAGAAGCCAUUUUUAACGAACAACGUAGAGCAAUUGUUAGAAUGAUGGAUGAUUUAGGCACAUCUCCAUCAUCUAGUUUUCAACAUAUAGUAUAUGAAGAUGAUGAAAAUUAUGUCUUUAGUAAUAGCAAUAUGAAUAAACUAAGAGAACUUAGAGAAGAAUUAGAACAUAAAGUGAAUAGUGCAAAGGAACAUGUUGAAGAUAUUAGACAAAAAUUAAUUGCAUUAUGGAAAUAUCUUAACGAACCUGAACAUAUUUGUCAGUCAUUUCUUAGCAGUUACGAAGGAUAUAGUGUAGCAACUAUAAAUGCACUAACCACAGAAUUGGAGCGAUUUGGUCAAUCUAUGGGAUUUAUGUAA